GCAGUGCUGAUGAGUAACAUCACAGUAAAUGAACGAUUGAUCCAGAGUCUACGAGAACACUUGAAAGAGUUACAGACAGAAUAUGGCAAGCUACAGCUGGAUAUUUACUGGUUUCAGAAGAACCAGACUAACCUUCAGAGGAAGUUCUCAUAUGACUUGUCACAGUGCAUAAACCAGAUGAAAGAAUUAAAAGAACAAUGCGAAGAAAGGAUAGAUGAGCUUACAAAAAAGGGUAGUGCUAUGCCACAAAUCAAAGAAAACAAAGACUUCUCAGAAGAUUCAAAAAAAAAUAGCCUGGUUAAUAUUCAACUACCAGCCUCGAAGCAAAAUGACUUGGAAGAGCAGAAACACAAUAAGGAUGUACCUGAAAUAGUACCUACAGUAAAAAAGACGGACCCACUGCAGGCUAAAGAAAGAAUAAAUGGCCUUACAGACAUCAGAAAACAGGAGGCUAAAGCAGAAGAGGAGAAGCUUUCUAGUGAACUGAAGAACCCACAGGACUCACUCACGGCUGCUGAAGGUCGUAAGGAUAUGCUGCCCCAGUCAGAGAAGGAGCUGAAUCCAUCUGAAGAUGAAAAACAUGUGGCGGGGCAAGAUGCAUUACAGCCAGCAGCAGAGCAGGCUGCCAGUGAGGAAGUUGAGAGGGAGCAGCUCCUAAAUUACGAUACUAAGCAGGAUGACUCACCCCCUGGAAAGGCUGACCAACAGGAGCAUGAAGCACUGAAACAGGCCAAGAAUGUGGAUUACAAUUUAGAUGAGAAUGAAGCUGAAUCAGAAAGGGACAAGCAAGCAGCACUUGCAGGCAUUGAAAAUGUUCAAAACCCUGAAGAUAUGAAGAAACACCUAUCUGAGCAAGGUGAAGAACGACAGAAGUUGUGA